CUCCUCACCUCGAACUACGAUGACAUCAACAGUGGCCACGGAGAGGCAGCCCUUGCUGGCAAAAAAUCAGUCGACACACUCAGGAACAGGAACCCGAACUCCUUUAGAAGAGCACCACAGAGACCAAGAUCAAAGUGAGGACAGUCAAAGUAUUCCCCUAGACGAGGCGAGCCGUCUGGCACCCCUGCAAGCAUUACCAUGGUACCGGAGGCCGAGCGUCGCUUGGUUAUUGCCGUUUAUCCUUUUGCUGGCGGUCGUCAUGGGGAUUUCCCAAGCGCCACAGGAACAGCUCAUCGUCAGGAUUAUCUGCAAGGAGCACUUCCGGGACAAGGACACCUUAUGGCUUCAAGACAGCAUCACACAUGUUUCCUCUCUCAACGGAACGUCUUCUCGCGACAACUAUUAUGAUGACCCAUGCAACACCUCGGACGUACAGGCAUACGCGGCCCUGGUGAUGAGCCGUGUGCGUUCUCUCAAAUAUAUCACUGGCAUGUUCACGAUUGGAUACAUCACUUCGCUCUCCGAUCGAUAUGGACGCAAGGCAUUGAUCUACAUAACAUUGAUCCCCACGAUGCUCACCCAGGCAUUGAUCGUUUACAUGGCACAUCCCUCGACCAAGCUCGGUGUCAGUAUUCUUUAUGCGGAUGCGGUCUUCACGGGAGUUUUGGGCGCAGGACUCCUACUAGAGCCAUCUUUGAACGCGUACAUUGUCGAUUGCACAUCGCAAGAAGGAAGAAGUUUAUCCAUGGGCUAUGUGAUGGUAGCCCUUGCCGUGGGACUAAUUGCGGGACCGAUGCUAGGAGAGUACCUGAUUAAGCUGACGGGCGAUAUGACCACGGCGGUCAUGAUAUCGAUCGCCAUUCAGUGCAUCCUGAUUCUCUAUGCCAUCGUGCUUCCGGAGUCUCUUCCAAAGAGCAUUCAGCUCCACAAUGCCGACGUCGCCGCACAAACAGGCGGGGUAAAACCGGCAACGGAGACAUCGAUUUUGAUCAAGGCGAAGAAUGGUAUUCGAGCGAUCCUGGAUCCUUUGCUUUUGUUUCUGCCUGGGAAGAUUGACACCUCGUCGGAUGUCAACGUGGUCCCCGCUCGAUACACGUUGAUCACUCUUAUUGCUGCAUACGGAUUCCUCCAAUUUGCAUCGAAUGGUAUCACCAUUAUCCUCAUUCCAUACACCAAUCUCGUCUUUCACUGGACAACGCUCGAAGAUAACAUCUAUUACUCUCUUUCAGGAGCAGCAUCGUUUAUUGUCUACGUUGGAAUCUUCCCUGUCCUUAAGAAGAUGUACAAGAUCCUUAUCGAGAAAGAAAGUCCCGAGGUGGUUCAUACAUCCAUCUACUCGCCGCCGUACGUGGGACAUAAUGAGAUCAGUCAACUGCCAGAUGUGGGCAUGAGCAAUAUUGACGUGGAGACUCUGGAGGACAUACUUCACCCACCCUCAUCGAAUGCGGAUGCGGCUGCAAGAAGUAGGUCCGUGCAGAACGACCUCAGCUUCUUCAUCUUUGGCAGUACCAUGUAUCUGAUUGGACACGCCAUUGUGCCAUUGGUCGAGACCGAGGCUGCCGUCCUCGUCGCGUGUUGCAUCCGAGCCUUGGCCUCAGUGGCUCUUCCUUCGUUCAUGUCGCUGUUUACCUCCUAUGUGCCUGUGCAUCAGACAGGAAAGGCCCUCGGAGGCAUUUGCCUGUUGGACACGAUUACCAUGACCGUCUCCUCCUUACUCUAUGGAUGGGUGUUUUCCAAGAGCUCUGUAGCCAUGCCCUCGGCAGUGUUCUUGGUCUCGGCUGCGUUCGCAUCUCUUUCUCUCCUGGCGGGCCUUAUUAUUUGGAGCACCUAUAAGCGCAAGGAAGCGAGAAAUUAGACGCCAUUUGUAUUUAUCCCCCCACUGCAAUGUAUACUAUUUUAUCUGAACCUGAUCUAAAAUUGGUGGCAACUCGUGUCGCGUUUCAGGUCUGUUUACUACAAAAGAGGCGCGCGUUCAAAAAGUUCGCCCCGACCGAAUGCCCAGCCCAGCCCAACCCAACCCAACAUAGACUCUUCUUCCCCCCAUCGUGAUUACUAUUCCAUUUGCG